GAGAAACAAGUAGAACCCCUUCACUAUUUCAGGUUGGUGCAGUGUGCCACAGGUGUACCUACUACCUACCUACCAAGUGCAGGGACUGGCUAAGUGAAGCGACCUGUUCUGCUGCCACAUGCUAUAGCAUCAUAUAUUAGUAUUUCAAGAAGGGGGAAGGGGAAGGUGUCUGAAAGAAGCAUUGAACAACAAUGGCCACAGAUAUUGCAAACCUCAGAAAGCUUGGUUGGUAUAUGACUGAAGCUGGUUUGAAGAAGCUUUCUGGAGGACAGACACUCUCAGAGUCUGAGAUAAUUAAGAUAGCUCAAGAUACAGAUAUAAGGGAUUAUGGAAAAUGCCACAUCCCAGAGAAUUGGAGCAAAAAGGACAUGGUCACAAUCGAUGGUGUGCUCCAAGUACAGAAGGUGCGGAACGUGUCCGCUCCCAAGGCCAACGAAGAGAGCCAGACGGCGCCGCGGCUGCUGCGCGUGACGCUGAGUGACGGCGCCUCCACCGUCACGGCGCUGGAGACGGACCCGCCGUGGAGCCGUUUCAGCCUGCGCACGCCGCCCGGCACCAAGGUACGACUGCGGCAGCCGGUACCCGUGUGUAGCGGCUUCCUGCUGGUUCCCGACGAGGCGCUGCAGGUGAUCGGCGGUACUGUCCAGCAGAUGGUCGACAAGUGGACCAUGAACAAGGCGUUCGCCUCUCAGCACCUGCGGCCGGCGAGCGGAGUGGCCGGCGGACCGCCGCCCUGGGUACCGUUCGGCAAGAGCAUCUCCAAGGCCCACGAAACAGAAAAAGACUUCAAGUCACUGCCCGGCGUCAACGAGACACCGGUGGACUCGGAGUUCGAGGCCCAGCGGCAAGCUCAGAUCGCACAGGUGGCCGGCGCCGGGCGCAAACAGUUCGGUGGAGGAACCAAACAGAUGACGGACGCUAAUCUGCAGACGCUAAUGGGCGCCGGAUUCACCCAGGAGGAGUCCGAGGCAGCGCUCCGCUACACCGGCAACGACGUGGGACGCGCCCUGCAGAACCUUCAGAGGUACCGUGCGCGGCGCGACGGCCGGGACGACUCGGACGCCGACACGGGCCGCGGCAGGGGCAGGGGACGGGGCCGCGGUGGCCGCCGCGGCCGCGGCCGGGACAGGUACGAGGCCGAAGAGCCCUCCACUCGGCCCAGCGAGCCCAUCACGCUGCUCGACUUUGUCAGUCAGAAACUGGGCGGCGACUCGGCAGCCUCCUCCAACCGGGCCCCGACACCCCCCGAUGACGAGCUCGGCGGCGCCACCGGCGGUCACGCGUACAGCGACCGUGACAGAGGCUACGGUGGGCCGGGCAGAGGCUACAGCGAUAGCGGCAGAGGUCAUGGUGGACCAGGCAGAGGCUACGGUGGACCAGGCAGAGGCUACGGUGGGCCAGGCAGAGGCUACAGCGACCGCGAGAGAGGCUACGACAGCGGCCGCGGUGGUCCGGAUAGAGGCUACGAUAGGGGCCGGGGCAGCUUGGACAGAGGCUACAGUGAUCGCAGUGGACCGGACAGAGGCUACGGCGGUGGUCGGGGUGGCCCAGACAGAGACUACAGUGGCGGCCCGGAUAGAGGCUAUGACAGGGGUCGUGGCGGCUCUGAUAGAGGUUACGGCGGCUCUGACAGAGGUUACAGCGGCUCUGAUAGAGGUUACGGCGGCUCGGACAGAGGCUACGGCCGCGGCGGUGACCGGGGCGCGUCAGACGGCGGCUCUGGUGACCGGGGCCGCGGCGGGCGGGGCGGCCGCGGCGCCCAGCGGCCGCACGUCUCCUCUGACGAGUUCGUGGAGGGUCGCCGGGCACGGGACCGGCGCUGCGGGGCCGGCGGCGGCCGCGGCGACUUCCGCACCUGGUCGGCCGGCGAGCGGCCCUCGUCGGUCGGCCGCGGGUUCGAGGUGUACUCGGAGGACCGUCAGCAGUUCCCCGCCCUGCCCGGCGGUGAGGCGGCCGGCGGCGAGCCGCCAGAGGGGGACGGUGGGCCGACAGCAGCGGCGCCGGCGGCCGCGGUACCGGCCGCGGCGGCUCCGGCGGCCGCCCCCGAGCACCGGUACACGGAGGGAGAGAUGUGCCUAGCCACCUACUGGCAGGAUAAAAAGAUGUACCUGGCGCGUAUCGUCUCGGUGGGCGAGCGGACGGCCGUGGUCCACUUUGUCGACUACGGCGAACACUACGAGGAGGUGUUCACAGCCAACAUGCGCCCCCUCGGAUUCGAGGAAGAGGAGAAGACGUCAACUCCUGUUCAAAGCGAGGAACCCCGUCAAGAGCGGAGGCAUAAGGACUUCGAGGAGUCAGAUACGUCGAACCUCUUCAGCCACAAGCGGCACACGGCCAGUCUGCGAGAGCAGGACGAUCAGUUCGGGUAUGGUAACCGGCCCUCACGGCACAUCGGCGCAGAGAACGGCGACGACGCCUACAGGGACAGACAGGCCGGUGGUGAUCGCAGGGAUCGCAGGGAUAAUCACUAUGAAGACCGCCGUGACAACAGCUAUCGUAACGACAGGGGCCGCGACACGUCCUACCGAGGUGGUAACCAAGGCACCUUUCGGGAUGACGGGGGCCGCGACAAGUCCUACCGAGACGAUCGCCGUGAUAACUAUCAAAGCGACAGCCGAGAAUCCCACCGAAGUGACCGCCGCGACACCCGUCAGAGCGACAACAGCGACACCUACCGAGACGAUCGCCGCGACACCUAUCGGAACGACAACAGCGACACCUACCGAGACGAUCGCCGCGACACCUAUCGGAACGAUAGCAGAGCUUCAUUUCGAGGUGACCGCCGCGGCGGUCGCGGUCGCGGGGGAAGAGGACGAGGUUACGGCGAUGACCGGCCGCCCAGGUUCCAGCGGCAGGACCGGGACAGGGAGGAAGGGUACAGCGGUGGCCGGCCGGCCGGUCAGGGGUACCAGCCACGCGACAGGGACCAGUUCGAGGACCGGCCGCGGCGCGGCGGGCCCCGCGGCGGCGGACAGCGGGGGUACGAGGACGGUGGCGACUCGGAGGGGCAGCGGCAGUGGAUGGAUACUGCCCCCGUCAAGGGACGACCACGAGGCCGGCCAGCGGACGACUCGGACGACGUGCCAUUCACAGGGACGAUGGAGUUCCGUCGAGGCGGUCGGAGACCGUUUGUACACCGCGGCGACAGGAGCACCUAGUCUGCCGUGGCUCCUGGAGCUCAGUGCGGCUCGCCUGACUCAGCCCGGGCUAAUCUGAGCUCCGUUCUGGCUCAUCCGAGCUUCGCCAUGGCUUGAAUGAGCCCAGUUCUGGCUCGACUAUGCACAGUAGUGGUUCUUCUGAGCUCAGUCCUGGGUCGUCUGAGCUCGUUUCUUUGGCCAUGUGAUUGCCCACCUACUUAGUGAUAGGUCUUGUUGGACCGCCUUUACGUGUUGAUGCCGAAUUCGGCUUGUGAUUCUAUGCACUGUCGUUACAUUAAUUCGAAAUGCAGUCACGAGCCCGUUAAACUUGAUGCCAUGUAAACUCGCCGUAUUGAACUGCCGCACAUCAAAGACUGCCAGUUAGGGCGACUAGCCUCGUGUCGCUGGCCGUAGCUCAGUCUCGUGCCAUUUGUGCCCGGUCCCACCGAUUCACCGUCUGCGUGUGCGUGCACCACCACCGUGUGCGACUCACCCCGCGCACUGGGACGCGUCUCGCUCGGGAUCGGCUACCGUUGGCGGUGGGAUAAGGCGCCGCGCCCCCAGGGACCCGGCGGCGGCGCGGGGCGGGUGGUCAGCGGUAGGAGGAUCGGUCAGUCGGGCGUCGCCGCCGGCAGCCGUCGGGUGUGCUCCGUUCCAUAACCAGACAGGUGAGACGGGCGAGGUAGUGCUGUGAUGUUGUUUGCUUUACUAAUCGGGUGAUAUUAUAAUAAAGAAUGCAUUUGUUUCUAGAA